GCAGCGGGACGUAAACACUGAGCAGCAGUGGAUCGUCAAGCUUUCGGAGACGGGCCGCGAUUGUGCGCCUUUUUCCUGCUUCUAUAGCGCACAAAGACAUUUCUUUCCAACUUCAGCUACAGUGAUAGCUAAGUUUGGAAAGGAGGACAGAAGAGGGACGCGUUUUUUGUGGGUUUUUUUUGACGCCGUCGACUGUCAGAUGCAGCCGUGACCGAAAUUCGAGACGCUACAAAAGAGAUCGCUUUUGACAAAAACAGUUUUUAUCGCACUCACUUUUGGCCCCUUUUCCCCCAUCUAUCAUGGAAGACUCGACUGCACCAAAGAAAAGGACAUGCUGCGAAUCGGUGGGAGAUUUUUUCACCUCCGCCAAAUUUCUCAUUUACAUGGGUCAUGCUUUGUCAACAUGGGGUGACCGCAUGUGGAACUUCGCUGUGGCCGUGUUCCUGGUGGAGCUCUAUGGGAACAGUCUGCUGCUGACCGCUGUCUAUGGGCUGGUGGUGGCCGGUUCUGUGCUGCUGCUCGGUGCCAUCAUCGGAGACUGGGUGGACAGAAACCCUCGACUGAAAGUUGCCCAGACUUCCCUCGUCAUCCAGAACAGUUGUGUCAUCCUGUGCGGGAUCCUUCUAAUGGUCGUGUUCCAGUUCAAAGAUCAGCUCGCCGAGAUCUACAACGGUUGGAUCCUGACCACCUGCUACAUUCUGGUGAUCACCAUCGCAAACAUCGCCAACCUGGCCAGCACAGCGAUGUCCAUCACCAUCCAGAGGGACUGGGUGGUUGUUGUGGCAGGCCAGGACAGCAGCAAACUGGCGGACAUGAAUGCGACUGUUCGGAUCAUCGACCAGCUGACCAACAUUCUGGCCCCCAUGCUGGUGGGUCAAAUAAUGGCCUUUGGAUCCCAUUUCAUUGGCUGCGGCUUCAUCUCCGGCUGGAACUUGUGUUCCAUGGGCCUUGAGUAUGCACUGCUGUGGAAGGUCUACCAGAAGACCCCAGCGUUGGCAGUCAAGGCUGGGCAAAAGGAUCAGCAGCAGGAACUGAAACAACUGAGCUCCGAACAAGGGUCAGAGAACAGCCAGAGUCCAGAGGAAUCCUCUCUGCCGCUGAUGAACGACGCCUUGCCCGUAGUCAAAGCCAGCUCUCCCAAGAAGCAUGGCUGCUGUCAUCAGAUCACCGAACCCAUUCGCACCUUCCGGGCCGGAUGGGUGGCCUACUACAACCAGAACAUCUUCUUCGCUGGCAUGUCUCUGGCUUUCCUCUACAUGACCGUCCUGGGCUUCGACUGCAUCACCACGGGCUACGCCUACACCCAGGGCCUCAAUGGCUCAGUGCUCAGUCUCCUGAUGGGGGCGUCGGCCAUCUCCGGCAUCUGCGGCACCGUGGCCUUCACUUGGAUACGCAAGAAGUGUGGCUUGAUCCGUACAGGCUUCAUCUCUGGCAUCGCACAGCUGUCCUGCCUCAUGCUGUGUGUCGCUUCGGUCUUCGCACCGGGGACCCCAUUGGAUCUCAGCGUGUCCCCCUUUAAGGACCUUUACAGGCACCUGAUGGGCGACAAAGUGCUCCCCGACCACGCGGUGACGGGAGGAUUCAUUGCCAUGAAUGUGACGGCAACUGAGGCUCCAGCAGAGGAGCUUCCGCUGCUGAAGUCCUACAUGUCUGUCAGCCUGCUGUUCGCCGGCGUCAUUGCUGCUAGAGUCGGAUUGUGGUCUUUUGACUUGACAGUGACUCAGCUCAUCCAGGAGAAUGUGAUCGAGUCGGAGCGAGGGGUCAUCAACGGCGUCCAGAACUCCAUGAAUUACCUCCUGGACCUGCUGCACUUCAUCAUGGUUAUUCUGGCGCCGAACCCCGAGGCCUUCGGAGUCUUGGUCCUCAUCUCAGUGUCCUUCGUGGCCACCGGUCACGUCAUGUACUUCUGGUUUGCCUUCAAGAACCUGGGCAGCCGCCUCUUCCUGUGCUGCUCGCCGGAGCAGAAGGUGGAGACGGUCGACAGCCUCUCGCUACCCACCACCGUCUAACCCCACCAAGAGACUCAGUCACGGGUACAUACAUCUAACACUGCUUCUUACUCAACUGACUAACAUCUGUGCUAGUUGUCUGCUCAUGUUAACAGAACCUAACAAGCUAUGCAGAGUCGUUCAGAAAGCACAACGGAUUGUGGAGUGAUCUUCAAUUCAAGUUGCUAAUCCAAAGUAAAACUUGAGAUUAGGCUUGAAUUGCACGUGUACAGACGGAGACUUCCAGCCUUGUGACCCAUUUGUUUGGGGGGUUAAGUGAAGGAAGUCUAGAGAUCAGACUCUGAAUAUAGUCUCUGCAUGUCUGCCUGAAUGUAGCUUUGCAAAAGGUGCUUAGAAUGUGGAGAUUGUUAGAGUAAGCGAGCAAAGAAUCUCCAACACGGAGGAGAAUUCUCCGUUUCUUGACGCUUGCGCUGCUCUCUGUCAGACGUACAAGCCGACACGUAGUGGUGACAUCCAACUCACAAGGGAGGACGACGCUUUUGUAUAACCAAACUGCAAACUGGUCUCUCCAUCGCUAUAAGGGUUAUUUAUUCAAGAAGAUCGGACGGUGUUAACGACUUUUUUUUUCCAUCAGUAUUGUGCGGGGAAAAGCGACAGGUCUUGCGCAGCCUAGUCAACCACUCUCAGAUGCCAAAGCAGCACAACAGGAAGCGAGGGAAACCAGAUAACUUGCCUGGAUGGAAGCAUUCCACGAGUCUUAUUGUGUCAGCUGACCUUGGUCGUGCACACAUGUAACGCUAAGCUCAGACAAACCUACAUCGGCACUUUAGCUCAUUGAUGAACGUCAACAAAGUUUUAUCAAUACUUUUUGCACAAAACCAUAAAUCCAUCAUGCACAUAAAUGACUCAGAACCGAGUCCGAACUGCUGUGGUGUAGAGAGUGCAGCCGGUGUUUCGCCGUGCCACAUGCUAAUUCAGUUUUUAAAAGAUGAAUAUCAUACUUUUUAACAGUGGAAUUCAGUCUUAAAUCGUCCUCCUCACAAAGAAGAGCUCGGGUUCAAACACCAAAGGGAUCUAACCAACACAAACAAUAGCCGCAUCAGGUCUCAACUGCCGUUUCUUAUGCUCAGCCUUUUUUCCUUCUUUCUGCAUUUAAAAAUAUUAUUGAAACUGCCACAGGCUCCUGAAACGGAUUCUAAUAACUCUCUAAUGCGUGACGCUGUCGUUCCACUUUUCUACCUCAUUGUAGUGCCUCUAAACCCCCGUCACAUGAGCCUAACCAAAUCAUCCUCUACAAAGAAAUAACCUGGAUUUACAUCACCCCAUAUAGAAAAAUUACAAUGCAACUCUAUUAACAUUUGCAUUUUAAGAUCAAGGGACACUACACAGAAGAACCUACGACAUUACACAAAGGCUUUAAACCAGGUGACAUAUGUUUGGUACAGUGCCAGUGGCGUAUUUUGUUUUUAGAAUAUAUGUAUUGUCAUAUCCACCAAAUACAUAAAGCUAUGCAAUAGACUGAUCAUGUUCCACUUUGAGAAGAAGCUAGAACUUUAUCUCAGAGCUGCCCUACUUUCAAGUCAAGACUCAGACUGUCCAUGUUUCCAUUAGAACCUCAGGAAUCUACAGUGAGAUUGUAUUCGUUCCUAAAAUCCCAGGCAACGUGAGUUGUAGCUUUAGAUGAAAACAAGAACAGGACCCUCUUUGGUGGCCUCUUUACGCCUUAAAGAACGCUAACAAACGUGCGUCCUGGUUGGACACUUUGGCCCACGUUUUCUCCCGAAAAAGACCUGAGUGUUGUUUGUUGAGAGUGGAAAUUAUUGUCCAAGUGAAAAGUUGAUUCAGGAAUCUUUCACACAGCCAUGAACUAUAUUUUGGUGUUCAUUUAUAGUGGUUGGUCAGUCCAAACAGAAUAUGUAAAAAAGUUAAAAAAAAAAAAAAGAUUACAUGUAUGCCGUUUGUCCAUGUUUUUUUUCUACUUAUUUUUAUAUUUAGUGUUAGUGCAACCAAGGUUUGUGUUAGACUUUGAAGCAAUCAUUGCGAAAUACAGCUGUAUCAUGUGUAAUUUUAUUUUUUUUACAUUUGUUUAAACACUCAUGAUAAAUAGUCCACGCUUGUGCUGCAGGUAUAUAAAGCUGUUCUGGGUUUCCACCUUUCUGUCCUCGAAGUAUCGUGUGUUCUGGGGAGCUCAGUCAGUCCUGGGUUCUAAAUGUGCUCUUCAUGUUCAGCCAUUCAUAUAUCCACCAGCCACAGAACCGUACCAUGUGAUGCAAGUAUUCUAUACGCAGCUCAAGUGUGUGAGUGUUUAUAUGUAUGUCACUUUAUUGUGUAAACGCAGCGAAUCAGAUCAAUCAAUACAACUGAAUGUGAUAAUUGCACUCCACUGAAUUUAUUGUUCAUCUCUUUUUUUUUGGCAUGUUGAAUAAAGAAACGUUUCAUAAUAGAGUCAGGAGUUCUUUUCUGUGUGUUUUCUGGGUGCAGUUUGUUUGCCUUGGUGCGUCUCCAGUGCUCAGGCCAUUCAUUUCCUCCGAGAGGAGUUUUAU